AUGCCAUCUGCAACAGCACCUCGACCCAGCCUUCUCCGCAGUGGGAAGGACACCUCAACGCCGGAAAUUGAUGCUGGCAAAUCUCUCAAGUCAACCAUGUUUGUCCGUCUGUAUCCAACACAUGUGACCUUAGCGGUGUCUCCCGAGCCAGAGAUGCGGGAUGAUGCGAAGGACCCCAUUGACCUGGAGCCCGCCCCAGCAGCUCCUUCGGCAGGCGCCCUGGUUCGAUCUGGGGUACGGUGUGCCCUGGCCCAGCUGGGUCCUCCAACGACCGUCGUGCCGCCCUGGUUCGAUCUGGGGUAUGGUGUGCCCCGGCCCAGCUGGAUCCUCCAACGACCGUCGCGCCGCCCUGGUUCGAUCUGGGGUAUGGUCCUGGUUCGAUCUGGGGUACGGCCCUGGUUCGAUCUGGGGUACGGUGUGCCCUGGCCCAGCUGGGUCCUCCAACGACCGUCGCGUCGCCCUGGUUCGAUCUGGGGUAUGGUCCUGGUUCGAUCUGGGGUACGGUGUGCCCUGGCCCAGCUGGGUCCUCCAACGACCGUCGUGCCGCCCUGGUUCGAUCUGGGGUAUGGUGUGCCCCGGCUAGCCAGCGCCCUCAACGACGGUCGUGGGUGUUGGGACAGAUUCAUCUCCCUCAAGCUGAUGGCCGGAAUGCGCAAAGGGGAGGACGCGUUGGGGCUGCUGAGACAACAACUGCAACCACAGUCACAGCAACCGCUGGGGCUGGCGAUAAGACAGCAGCAGCAGCAACACCUGCCGCAACAACAUCAACAUCAUCAUCAUCCUGCGUCGGUCGGCGCGAGGUUGGCAAUGGCAGCAAAGGCAGCGAGACGAAUUCAAGCUCCGGACAGUCAUCCAGAAUCGACGUGCGGACGAUCAAACACAGCUUUUCAACAGUGA